UAAAACAAAAAAACAACGUCACACAUACAUAUUCACGGGCGAUACAACAACAGCAAACACUAGCCGCAAAAACCUGUUGUUCGUUUUGCUGAUGGUUGGUUGCGCUUUCCGAUCGAAGAGACGAACAAGCCGAAAAACGCCAGUCGCACAAAGAAAGUGAAAGGGAAAGCACAGGAAUCGGCAAGCAGAAAUAGGAGUUACCGAAUAAACAACGCAAAUGAUCCACUAAAUGCAUAAGUUACAUAAAGAAAUACAGCCAUAAAAGUUUAAGUACUCGUCGCAGGUCGUCCGCUCCAAAGGCAUUAGCAUUACAAUUCGAAACAGCUGAUAUACCGAUAAAGCCAUAGCCAAACGAAAUACAGAACACACAAUACACGGAGAUCAUCAAGAACAAUGCUGCUCAAGUUCCAGGUCCAUUCUCCGGGCAAGGUCAUACUCCAUGGCGAACACGCCGUGGUCUAUCAUCGUCCCGCCCUCGCCGCCGUAGUGGGUUUGGGCACUACUCUGAAAUUCCGACAGCUGGAGGCCAGCCAGGUGGCAAGUUUUCAACUGGAGGCCCUUAACUGCACACUGGAGAUCCAGUUGGCGGAGUUCAAUGGCUUCCUGGCUGAAUUUAGGAGUAAAUACCCAUCAGACAGCACGGCCAAUCUGUUGGAAGCCGUCCGCGCAGAGGUGUCCAAACAACUUGAACGAUCCGGAGGCAAUGCACCCAAGCAGCACACCCAGCGGGCAUUCAUCUCCAUAUACUAUUUGCUGGCCGGCGCUGUACUCUCCGCACCCGGCGACAAGAAACUGACGCUGCAAACCGGUUUCCAGGUGCAGGUAGACAGCCAGCUAACCGUGGGUGCGGGCUUGGGCAGUUCCGCCUCUUUCGGAGCAGCUUUGGCCACAACAUUUCUCAUUUUGGCCGGACACUUCGAUAGAGACAGCUACUUAUCGGAGGCAAACCAGGCGUUGAUCUCGACCUGGGCUUAUGAAUCGGAGCGCGUUAAUCAUGGCACACCCUCGGGUCUGGACAACACUGUGUGCACCUACGGCGGUAUGUUGCGGUAUGUCAAGGGACAGGGCUUCCAGUCGCUGAAGAUUCAGAAACCUCUGAACAUCCUGCUGGUGGACAGUCGUGUGAGUCGCAGCACCGCGGACAUUGUGGCCAAGGUGCGUCAUCUGGGAGAGGCCUUUCCGCAGCUCAUCGAGGCCAUUUGGCAGGCUUGCGAGGAGCUUGUUGCCGCCGCCGUUCCACUCUACGAAAGCUUUGGCAACGCCCAAGACGAUAGCUCCAAAUUCGAGCAACUUGAACGCCUGUUCCAGAUCAACAAUGAUCUGUUGAAGGCUAUCGGAGUGUCGCAUCCGAAAUUGGAGCAGAUCUUCACCAUCGCUUUUAAGCGUGGCUUCUUUUCAAAGCUGACAGGCGCCGGCGCAGGUGGCUAUGUCAUCGUUCUGCUUCCAGAGAACUACGAGUGCAACGAGGUAUACUGGAAGCUUAAGGAGGAGCUCGAAUCGGCGGGCUUUGGUGUUCAUGUUACGACUGCCGGCGGCGAGGGAUUGCGCGUUAGUUCGUUGGAAGACUGAUGCGGUUUCGUUUUGUAUUGCUAUUGUAUGUAUUCGUGGUUUUGUUAUAAAUUAAAGAAUAAAGAUUUAUACAUGUAUUUUGUACGGCAA